UGUGUUUCUUCUCUUUCGUUUGUUCUUCGCUAUGCCUGACCCUGCGAAAUCCGCGCCCGCCCCGAAGAAGGGCUCCAAGAAGGCCGUGACCAAGGCGCAGAAGAAGGACGGCAAGAAGCGCAAGCGCAGCCGCAAGGAGAGCUACUCGGUGUACGUGUACAAGGUGCUGAAGCAGGUCCACCCCGACACCGGCAUCUCCUCCAAGGCCAUGGGCAUCAUGAACUCGUUCGUCAACGACAUCUUCGAGCGCAUUGCUGGCGAGGCGUCGCGCCUGGCGCACUACAACAAGCGCUCGACCAUCACGUCCCGGGAGAUCCAGACGGCCGUUCGCCUGCUGCUGCCUGGGGAGCUGGCCAAGCACGCCGUGUCCGAGGGCACCAAGGCCGUCACCAAGUACACCAGCUCCAAGUGAGCGUGUCCAUCUCUC